AUGCCACUUGAAGAAGCUGUAGGAAGGAUAAAAGCUUAUGAAGAUAGGCUCAAAAAUCAUGAUGAAAAGGAAGAAGAGCAAGGACAACUCUUGUUAACAAGUUCCAAGGGUAGUGAGCAUGAAGAUAAGCAAUGGGGAAGAGGAAGAGGUAGAGGAAGAGGAUUUGGUAGAGGUGAAAGAGGACGUGGAAGAGGCUCGGGUCGAGGUGAUAAAAGAGGGUUUAGAUGCUAUGAAUGUGGAGAGUAUGGACAUUUUGCAAGUGAGUCUACAAAAUGGAAAGACAAAGAAAAAGAAGUCAACUUGAUUCAAGAGGAAGAAGUAGCUUUAAUUUGA